AUGGCUCGUACUAAAUGCUUCGCGCACAAGUCCACUAGUGGCAAGAAGCCCAGGUCGAGCGGAUCAGAGCCAAUGUCGAGUGGAUCAGAACCCAAGUCGAGUGAAUCACCACCACCCAAGGUCAAAAAACCGAUUGUCGAGUCUACUGGCCGUCGGACAAAUUCCGAUUCUCGUUGGGCGCGUAAAACAGUUAACCAAAAUCGUCCUGAUCCAUCAAAGGUCGUGACAGCCAGAAAAAUGGCCAACAAGCGUCGUUUCCGUCCCGGGACCGUCGCCCUUCGCGAGAUACGGCAAUAUAUGAACUCCACCGAACUGUUGAUACGGAAACUACCUUUCCAACGACUGGUCCGGGAAAUCGCAACUCAUUUCAAGCCCGAUCUUCGUUUCACGCCCACCGCGUUACUUGCCCUUCAAGAGGCUACAGAAGACUACAUCGUCAGUGUAUUUGAGGACACAAAUAUGGCCGCCAUUCAUGCCAAACGGGUGACGAUAAUGAAAAGGGACUUGUUUCUUGCUCGCAGAAUCCGAGGGGACUUGACAAGGUUUGGGAUGGCAUGA